AUGUCGGAAAUCGCGCGAAAAGCGACCACGGCAGUAGCCAUGGGCAUGAUUCUGAUAGGUAUAGGUCUGUCGAUUGGUGCUAUUUUGACACCCAGCUGGCAGGUGGUCAAUCUACGUGAAUAUAACUCCGUACAUGAACAUGGAUUGUGGUUGGAUUGUACACGACACACCAGAGAUGGCAGUCCUUUACUGCGGCGGUAAGAUUACUGUCUCUUGUUUCUUUUUACUGUUAAUAGCUUAUUUCGUACUUUUUUACUUUUAAUUAACUUUUAAAGUCUGAGAACGGGGAAAACGUAAAGUUUGCUUUGUUACCAUGCUUAAUAUCUUAUUGUUUUAAACUUUUCUUUGUACGAAACAUAGUUUGUAAUUCUAAAAUUUUAAUUUGAAACAUAUCGUAAGAUGAUGUGUAAUAUUAUAUUUUAGAUACGCCACCAUCAAUGAGCCUCUCCACUGUGUCUACAAAUUCGAUUAUGACAAAUACUCUGGUACCUUUGAUCUUGAAGAUGACAACAGUCCAGUCGGUGAAGUUAACCGUCACAAGUUCUAUGGAUGGCACACAGCUACCUUAAUAUUGUUGGCUCUGGCUCUAUUAACUUCCUUCUUAUCACUUGGUUUGGGCUCUUGUGGAUGUUGUUAUCCAUCAUUAAGUCUGCUCUUUGUUGGUGCUACCCUUGUUACCAGUAAGUUUAGUACAUAUGGUAAUAUUGUUAUAACGUAGGUAUCAAAUAGUACUGUUUAAUCUAUAAAUGUAGUUUUUUUUUGUUUUCCAAACAUAAAACAGAUUAUGGUUUAAUUGUGUUUGUUUUAGCAUUCCUGUCCUCAAUUGCCGUAGGCUUGUUCUUCUUCUUCUCGCACCGUGCUGACAACCGGUUCAUCAAAGGUAUCGUCGGAACUUAUGAAGUAAGUAGAACGUUAUGUAUAAGAAAAUAUGUUUUGUACCAUAUUCCCAUGUUAUAAUACUGUAACUUCCCACCCAAAUGAAUUUGUUUCAGCAACGAGUCGGCCUGGCCUUCUUUCUUCAAAUGGCAGCCGCCUUCUUCCACUUCUUAUCAUUCAUCGUAUCAAUGUUCAACACCUAUCUCUCCUUCUCGGGCAAAGGUGGCGCAUUGGAACGAUACAGUCAGCCACGGUCUUCACAUACCAACAUGACCAACAUCGGGAGGUAAGUCAUUGAUUAUUAUUUAAAUUCAAGCUUUUCGCACUUUGGUCAGAAAGUUGGUAGAAAAAUGAAUAAUUUUUAGCGAAAAAUUGUAAUUUUUGUGAAUUGGAAAGUAUUCUAUGCACUUUUUGACCAAAUUAUUGCUUUUAACGUCAUUUAUCACAAUUUUUAAAACUUUUUUGUAAAUUUUUUAUCAAAACAACUCCAAAACUCAUGAUAAAUCACGUUGAAGUGGUUGAACACCACAUCCCAUUUGUUUUGUUUUGUGUUCGACAGCUUUUCUCCUGAGUUUUGCCCCGAAAACCGACCGGUCGAACACGCAAACUUUAGACAAAAGGAGUGGGAAGUGUCCAGUUUUGCGGGUACGCCGCUCCUCUUGGCCCCACCUUAUCGGCCGCCCUCAGCUUCACCUAUGUUCAGGUCGAUGGAGUUCGAGCAGCCCGUCUUCCACACCGGCUCCCAGCAGUUCCAGUCCAAGAACAUCAAGCCGGUUUUCUACAAGAGCUCCACGGAAGAGAUCGGCGACUCGAUGCCCGACCUUCCAGUGCAUCGUUCCUACCCAGACGCCUUGAACAACUCCAGAAUCCGCAGAAAGUCGGAGACUUGCGUUUGA